CGAUGAUAAAACGUAAACAAACAAAAUGGCAGGUUCUUUACAAAAUCACGAAGAAUUUAAAACUAAUGUUAAAAAUGAUUUCUCGCUGCUUUUAGAAAAGUUUACCAGACGAGAAGAGCUCCUAGAGAAGGCAAUGAGAGAUCUUGAAGUAUCCCAAGCCAAAUUCAACGAAGAAAUGAAGAUAGCGUGGCAGAAAUUUGAUGAAGAGGUCAAAGAACAACGACAUUUACUUGAAGAAGAGAAACUAAAAUUAGAGAAAGAAAAGAGUUUCAUGACAAAUAUUUACGAAAUACAGAAUUCUCACAUCAAGUUAGAUGUUGGAGGACAUUUUUUCUCCACAUCUUUAGCUACUUUAACUCGUGAUAAGUCGUCUAUGUUAGCUGUGAUGUUUUCAGGAAGGCAUAAAAUGAUACCAACUUCUGAAAACACUUAUUUUAUUGACAGAGAUGGCACAUAUUUUAAAUACGUUUUGAAUUAUCUGCGAGGUGAUUUAUCACCAGAUACUCUUCCGGAAGAUCGUACAAUUUUGAAGCAUAUUUACAGGGACGCAGAUUAUUUUCAACUUCCGGGUUUAUCUAAAAUUAUUGAGGAAGCACUUAUAUCUUCUACCACAUUACCGGCAAACACAUUGACGCAAGAUCAAGUCAAUUCCCUGUUUAGUAACAGAAGUAAUGACUCAAAUCCUUUGGACCACAAAAACACUCGAAAUAUGACAAGAUCAAAUCUCAAUUUUGACAAACAAAAUUUAUGCAGUUUAUCAUUUAUUCAUAUUGCAUUUGUUCACAAUGUUAGUUUUGUUGAAGCCAAUCUUAGAUUAGCUUCAUUUUAUGGCUGUGAAUUUGGAAGCAAUGUAAGAAUUGACUUCACUAAUGCCAAUCUGAAUGGUGCUGAUUUUCGCCAGUGCCGAGCCUUCAAUGUCGGCCAGCACACAAAUGGACCUUCCCAUAAGCCACCAUUGUAUGGUGCAAGUUGCUCAAGCUUUUUAAAACUUAUUCAUGAGAAGAAACUGUUGUUUAAAGGAUCACUUCUUGAAGAUGCAAAGUUUGAUCCUGGUGUUUUAGAUUGUAUUCUUCAAUUCAACCAGAAGUAAAUAAUAACCUGUUAAUGUUAGAAAUUUUUAUGGACCUUUAGCAUCAUGUUGACAUUUUAUUCUUUGUAUGAUUAUUUCCUGGACUAGCUAAAGCCUUGAAUUCGUUGAAGACCUGAAGUCUGUCUAUUGGUUGUUUUGAAAGAUUUCAUUCAAAAAAACCAUUUUGUGUUGAUUUUACCUUUAUGAUAGAAAAGGCUUCAUCGCACCUUCAACGUGCAAACGAAGAUGUUUCUGUCACGGAGUUCUCAACUAAUGACGUCACUCAUGAUCAAUUAGGUGGUUUCAACAAACACGUUCAAACUUCAAACAUUUCUCUUUUUACGAGAAGAUAAAUAUAUUAUCUACAAACGGUUUGUCUUGUGAAAGCAUCAGUAGUUAGUAACUUGAUACUUUCUCAUGGUACUAGGGCCUCGGGGUUGUAAACUUAUGCUUGUCUAUACAAAAAGUGGAGUGGCAUGCGCUGAACCUAACCUCAGCUGCUACACAGUACUUGAAUAACGUUGACAUUCUUUUUGUUAUCAGGGUAAAUGAAGCUUUCAAACACAAAAUGUCGAUAAGAGACUGUCGGUAAAUGUGAAUGCCACAGCACAAUGUUUUAUUGAAACAUAGCUAAACAAGACAAAAUUAGUUGGUAGAAUUUCUAAUGAUGAUAAAGAUCUAAACGU